AUGAAAUAUCGAUCAUUUGAGGCUCAUACUAACUCAUCUAUAAAUUCAUGUGUUCACUUCAAUAAUAAUUAUUUACUUACUGGAGGAGGGAAUGAUUUCAGAUUAAAACUACAUAAUUUAUCAAGUGAUGAUAAAUUGAAAUCACCUAUUUUAUUUCCUAAAUAUCAUACGAAUUCAAUCAAUGCUCUUGAUAUUUCUCAAACGUUUGAUUUCAUAGUAAGUGCUUCUAAUGACAAUAUAAUAGUCAUUGAUGUUAUACGGAGGACGAAACUACACCUGAUGUUGAAUAGUCCAAUGGUUGAAGGUACUGAACAAGUUGAUAUUCAACCUAAUACAAAUCAUGCGAAAGAUCAAGUUUUAGAUUGUAAAGUUUUGAAUGAUUGUAUGAUUGCUUCAUGUGGUGUCAAUCAUCAUUUGAAUGUGUUUGACUUAAGACAACCAAAUUUUCAUAAACCAGUCUAUUCUAUCAAUCUUGGUAAUGAUAAUUUAAAUUGCCUUGAUUUUAAUAAGUCAAGUUAUGAUAUUUCAAUUGGAAGUUCAAAUGGUGAUUUAUAUACGGUUGAUAUUAGAAAUCAAAAUUUAAUGAUUGAUAAAUUCGAUUAUAAAGAAAGUUCAAUCCUAAAUGUUUCGAAAUAUGAAAAGGAUGAUUGGAAUUUAAUCAAUUUCGAUAAUGGAACUAUAGAGCUAUUAAAUAGAGAUAAAUCAAAGACAGCCAAUUAUAAAAUAUUAAAUCCUACGACAACAGAAAAUGCCAUCGAAGCCAUCCUGUAUAAACUCAACUCACAAUAUAUACCAACUUCAAAUUAUAUCAUCAACGGGACCACACAAGGAGUAGUUGAAGUAUGGAAAUAUAAUCCUCUAACAUCUAAAAUUUCAAAAUUGAAACAAUUAUCAAUUCCUCCAACUUCACCAUCAGAUACAACCCUAAAGAAUGUGAAUUCCAAUCAAUCAGCUGCUAAAGUAUUAAGUUACGUCCAUUAUAAUCAAUCCACAAAUCAAUUAAUAAGUACAAGUGGUAGUGGAUUCAUUCAUAUUUGGGAUUAUGUAUUUUGA